AUGUGCGCAGUCGUGAACAUGGAAAACGAGUCUGUAAUUCAAGUUCAUGCUCCUGAAAGCGGCUUUUUCACGUUGAACAUCUUCGGUCGUAAAACGGUGGACGCGAAAUCUGAAUUUCUUUGCUCUUUCACAAUCAAAGCUUUAAAAGGUGUAAGCAACAAUCCAGGUUUCCCACAGAUCUCAGAACUUUUCAAGACCUGGCAGAUUGAGUUGGUUGACCAACACGAAAAUAUCCUGUCAGAAUGUGGAAGGGCUUCGAUAAAACUUAAGACCCCAGGGAGUAUUUUGGUUCAAGCAACUCUACACCAAGGGGAUGACAAUCUCCCCCAUGAGCUGUGCUUCACUGAAAGAGAAGGAUCCGUCAGCAAAAUCAGCGUGCAUUUUCCUGUCGCUGGUUUGUACAAAUUAAACAUUUUUGGACGGGACGGUCCAAGCGCUAAGGGGCAAUUUCUUUGUUCAUUUAGUGUGCUGGCGACAUCGGCAUUCGGGGAGAACCCGGGGUUUCCGCGCGUCUCGGAUGAGUUUCGGGAAUGGGGUCUUCGACUGGAGAGUCACCGACAGAAUAUUACUGUGUAUGACGGGUCCGUGGCUAUCACAUUCAUUAAUCCAAACGCUAUCAAACUGAUUGUUCGUCUGAUAAACGCCGGAAACGGGGAAACUCAAGAAAAGUCGUGUUUGAGCAAGGAGAGAUGCGAUGAAAGAGAAAUUAUUUACUGCCAGCUUCCAGACAAAGGGAAGUAUACCUUGGACGUCCUAGGAAAAAACACCUCAAACUCAAAGAAAAAAGUCCUUUUAUGCAGUUACUCCAUUUGUUAUUGA